UUUCAGCGCGGGUUUACUAAUCCUGCCCCCAAAACUGAUUCUGCACGCGAGGCAGUAAAGUCUUUCUACUGUGAGCUCUGUAGCAAGGGUUACGCGCGGAUGAACGAAUAUGAAGCCCACCUAUCAUCUUACGAUCAUUCUCAUAAGCAGAGACUCAAGGAUAUGCGACAGUUAACCAAGGAUCCGCUGGCCUCUAGCAAGGCGCGAAAAGCCGAGAUGAAAGCAAAUACACAGUCAGGUCUUAUUUCUAUCAAAAUAAAUGGGGAUUCCAGCAGUUCUGGGCCCAAGAAAGGUGGCUUCAAGAAGAUAGGCUUCAAGAGCGCGUUUGCACCGGAUAAAGACUCAAUUCCAUCAGCGCCAGCUGUGCUUAAUGAGAGCACCAAAGUCCCAGAGUCUCAGCCGCCUGAUGAAGGCAUGGAGAGUGAUACAGAAGAUGAAAAUUAUGAAAUAUAUGACCCACGCUGUCCUACCGAAUAA